UCCCAAUCCCUAAAGCGUGUCCCUUUGUUUUAAAACUUUUAACACAAUCCACAUAUCAAAUAAAAGCCCCUCUCCCACUCUCUCAUUUCCUAAACAUACCAUCCAAUGAAGAAAAUCACAAUACCUCCACUCUUUCCUCUUCUCAUCACUCUAAUAGUAAUAUUCUCUCAUGUUACAACAUUAGCCUCACAGCAAUUCAAGGAAGCCCCCCAAUUCUACAAUGCUCCAACAUGCCCCAAAAUGGGACAGAAGCAGAAGCAGCAGUUGGUUCCAGAGGGGCAGAUUUGCUCAAGUGAGGCAGUCCACGUGGCAAUGACCCUCGACGCAGCCUACCUUCGCGGCUCGAUGGCCGCCAUCCUGUCGACACUCCAACACACCUCCUGCCCCGAAAACGUCAUCUUCCACUUCGUUGCGUCCGCCUCCGCCAACGCCACCCUCCUAGCCUCCACCGUCAUCGCCUCGUUCCCGUACCUUAAGUUCGAAAUCUACCAUUUCCGAGACUCGGCCGUGGCGGGGCUCAUCUCCACCUCCAUCCGCUCGGCCCUUGACUGCCCCCUCAACUACGCCCGGAGCUACCUCGCCGACCUCCUCCCCCCCUGCCUCCGCCGCGUCGUCUACCUAGACUCCGACCUCGUCCUCGUAGACGACAUCGCCAACCUCGCCGCCAUCCCGCUCACCGGCGGGAAGGUCCUCGCCGCGCCGGAAUACUGCAACGCAAACUUCACCGCCUACUUCACCCCGACGUUCUGGUCGAGCCCUUCCCUCUCCCUCACCUUCGCAAACCGGAGGCCGUGCUACUUCAACACGGGGGUGAUGGUCAUCGACCUCGAGCGGUGGCGCGAGGGAGGAUACACGGCGAGGAUCGAGGAAUGGAUGGAGCUGCAGAAGAGGAUGAGAAUCUACGAGCUGGGAUCGCUGCCGCCGUUCUUGCUGGUGUUUGGCGGGGAGAUCGAGGCGGUGGACCACAGAUGGAACCAGCACGGCCUCGGAGGGGACAACUUCCGAGGCCUGUGCCGAGAGCUCCAUCCGGGGCCAGUGAGCCUGCUGCAUUGGAGCGGGAAGGGGAAGCCGUGGGCCCGCCUCGACGCCGGCCGCCCCUGCCCGCUCGAUGCGCUAUGGGCGCCUUACGAUCUGCUCAAGCCAACCUAUUCCUUCGAUUCUUGAAAUUCAUUCUUUCUUUUUUUUUGGCUUUCAACUUGUGCAUAUUAAAUUCGUUUCGUGUUUGUAAUUAUAUGUGAUAGAUACAUUUUAAGGUCAUUAAUUCCAAAAAGUUGGAUUAUCUCAUCUUCA